ACUCGCCUGCCGGGGUCCUGGUCCAUCAUGACAGCAGCCUGAGCGCCCGCAGGAUCCACAUCAGCUGCUAGUAGACAGUUGGUAGCACGCAGGUGCCCAAAGAGGGGAAACCAGUCGACACAACCAUCAAAAAUCAGCUUCAACAGACACCUCUCCCAACCUCACAACAGUGACGGACUGGCGUGGGCUGGACAUGGAGGAUACAGAAAUGGCCCAACUCGCCAUUGCGAAGCAGCAGCUUCGCCAGAUGAUGAAGUCCCGACUGGCGGCCGUCUCCCGUGACUCGGCCAUGGCGCAAAGUCAGGCCAUCCUCGACAGCCUGCUGACCUGGCCCCCGUACGUCGAUGCCAGGCGCCUUAGCGUCUUCCUCUCCAUGCCCUCGGGUGAGGUGCAGACGGACGCCGUCGUCCGCCACGCCCUGGGCUCGGGCAAGGACGUCUUCGUCCCGUACCUCCACAAGUCGCCGCCCGACAUGGUCCCGGCCGCCGCCGCCGCCCCGGCCCGCGUCAUGGACAUGGUGCGCCUGAGGGACCUGGCCGACUACGAGUCCCUGGCGCCCGACAGGUGGGGCAUCCCGAGCAUCAACCCCGCCACCGUGCACGAGCGGGAGAGGAUCUUGGGCGGGCCCGACGCCCAGCACUCAGAGCGCCAGCCCGGCCUGGACCUCAUCCUGAUGCCCGGAGUUGCCUUCGAUGUUGAUCCGGAUAGCCAUUUGAUUCGGCGCUGCGGUCACGGAAAGGGCUUCUAUGACUUCUUUCUCCACCGCUACGAUGCCAAGGUGUCGACCAAGACUCAAUCGGCUUCUUCCACGGCUACUUUGUGCGGCUUGUCUCUGACAGAGCAGCUCUUGACACCUACGCUUGGAGUCUCGGUCCCGACCGGACCCAUGGACCGCUGUCUGGACGCCUUGAUUGUAGGAAAUGGCGACAUAAAGGCGCCCUGAAGGCACUGGAGAAAUACCCGAACCCCAUUCCUUACCAAGGAAAUCGGUCCUGCUUAGUUUCGGCCGACACUACAUCAAGGGUGUAUCCCGCAAGCGACCUCUGGCCGUCCGAAGGCACAAUAAUAUACCAUGACCUCCAUGCUAUUUCCUCAAUACAGUGCCAUUCACCCCUGCA